UUUCAUGGAACUUAGCUGGUAAUGGCAUCAGUAGGAAGUAGGACUGAAGGAGUAAAUGCAGCUUGUCUAUGGCUCUUUUGGGGAGUGACAGAAAAUAGCAAAACCACAAAUUAAAACACUGCUCUGUCCUUUCUUUCCGGACUCUCUCUCUCUCUCUCUCUCUCUCUCUCUUUGGUUUAUUUUAUACACCACGCCAUUAACGCCUGCCACUUCUUCCUUCUUCUUCUCCUCCUACUCCUACACCAGAAGAGUGAAUCCAUUGAAAUCGAGACGGUGGAGAUUGGUUUAGAGGGAGGGAAAUCCGAUACCCGACGGGCGAGAAUAAGAAGUGAAAGGGAAGAAAGAAUGGUGGGACCGUCCAGGCCGCAGUUCGUUCUCUUCGGCUCCUCCAUCGUUCAGCUCAGCUUCGGCAAUGGCGGUUGGGGUUCCUCUCUCUCCGAAAUCUACUCGCGCAGGCUCGCUGGAGUCUUCAAUCAUCGCAGGCUUCCCUAGGGAAUUUUCAUCUGUUUAUUAAUUCAAGACCGAUACUGCAUCGGCAUAACGGUUUAGUUGUUUUCCCCUUCCCUCUUCUCCGUACAUUUAGCUCUGAAACGAGUCCUUUUCUUAGGAGUUGCUGUAUGAAAGGUAAUGGAAAUCUUGAGCCCCCAUAGCAGUUGGAGCAUCCCAGAUUUGUUUGGUGAUUAUUGAAAGUUUGUUUUAGUGCUAUCUGUUGCUGUGAGGAAAGGAACAAGAUUGAAACCUGAUAAAAACAUCAUUCACUGCUUAGUUUCUGCAGUUGGGCGAUUGUUUGUGCCUUUUGGCCUCACUUUGGAGUGUGAAAAUGGUUUUGCAAUUUGCAGGCAGAUGUGAUCUUACGAGGGUACUACGGAUGGAACUCGCGUCGUGCUGUUCGGGUGCUCGAUGACAUUUUCCCAAAGGAUGCUAGUGUGCAGCCAUCUUUAGUAAUUGUGUAUUUUGGUGGGAACGAUUCAAUGGGUCCACACUCUUCUGGGUUAGGCCCUCAUGUUCCACUUCCUGAGUAUGUAGAAAACAUGAAGAAGAUCGCACUUCAUCUCAAGAGCCUUUCAAAGACGCUACGCAUAAUUUUUCUCAGCUGUCCUCCAGUUGAUGAGGUUAGAGUUCGUUCCAACGCAAGUGCAUACUUCAGCGAGCUGGUUAGGACAAAUGAACUCUGCAAAAAGUACUCGGAUGCAUGUAUAACGCUGUGCAAGGAACUGGACAUAAAGGUUGUUGAUCUUUACUCUGCACUUCAAACGAUAAGCGACUGGGAGACUGCAUGCUUCACAGGGAUGGGAUUCACUUAUCCGCAGAAGGAAGCAAAAUAGUGGUGAAGGAGAUACUGAAGGUGCUGAGAGAAGCAACAGAUUGGAGCCCCUCUUUGCACUGGAAAUCCAUGCCAGUUGAAUUCGCAGAGGAUUCUCCAUACGAUCUCGUAGCUGCCGAUGGGAAAAGGACUCUAAAUCCGUCGACUUGGAACUUCCACUGGGAGAGUCAAUGGGACUAAAACUAGAGAGGCAGGCAGGCUCAAGUAUUAGAUGCAGAAAAAAUGGGAUUGAUUGCCGAUGCAGAUGAAAAACUCAACUUCUUCUGCAAAGGGAUCAGCAGAACUGGAGUCGAUUUGUACAGCAGCAGCAUCAUCAUCCACUUUGUAGAGGGUCAAAGAAAGGCAAACUGAGUCAGUUCUGAUUAAUAUGGUCUAGUCUCUUAAAUAGGAAUGCUUUAGUAGGAUUGGGUUGUUGGGAAUGUUGGUGAAAACCGAUAGUUUGCAGUUUUCUCCAUUAAAAUUAGCCGUUUCGUUAAGUAAUCACAUAAAGGGAAUUUGAUAGUUUAGUUUCUUCUUCAUUAGGUAUCGUGUAAGAGUUACUAAGAUGUCCCAAAAUAAAGGUUUAAAUGGUGUUUAUCAGUUUAUGCCUAUGAGAUGUUGACGAACGUACCCUUGAAUGGAAGGAUUGAAUCAUUG